AUGGACCGUCGUCCUUCAGAUUUUCCACUGCUUCGUAGCAGUCCACAUCCGGAAUUCGACCAAUCGGCACCGAGCCCUGAGUCUAUAGUUGCUUCACCGAUGCUGAUCUCAUCUCGAACAUCGGAAUGUGGUGAUCCUCCCAUAGAGAGUGAUGAGGGUUACGGUAUAUCGGAUAGCGGUGAAACAAGUCGCCGUUCAACGAUCAGCAGAAUGGAUAUGGUCGAGCUCAGUCGUGAUUUGGAGGUGAAGAACAAGUAUCCAGAACUGUACAGAAUGAUUGUUGCGCAACGGCGUUUUGGCUCGAUGGAGAAUCGGGACAGUGCAACCGUCGGUCAGAAUACGAACCGCGAAUCGACCACCAAGGAAGAUGAUUCGAAGCAGUUGUUGUACGCAGAAGCAAUUGAGUUGCUAAAGAGAUGUCGUAAACAAGAACGUCAGUUACGGGAAAUGCAAAAGAGCUACGAUAAUCUCCUUCAUGUGAAUAGACAAAUAAAGGAGACAUACGUGAAGAUAUAUGCGAAAGCUGAGCAAGAAGAGGAGUAUAUCUCAAACAUAUUGCUGAAAAGGAUUCAGAAGCUGAAAAAUGAUAAGGAGACAUUGGCCCAAAAAUAUGAGCAGGAGGAGGAGUUUUUGACAAACGAUUUGAUGAGAAAGAUUAAGCAGUUACAAACCGAACGCGAUCUGCUAGAAGGCAACGUGAAAAAUGAACAAGCUAAUGUCAUUGAUGGACUCUUGACGACGAUUCGUCGUAUGGAGAGUGAAGUAGCAACUGGAAGAAGGAAUAUGGAUCGAAUGCGUAGGGAAAAAAUUGAUCAGGAAAACGCUCUUGAGCACGAGCAAGAGCUAUUAUUCAACACGCUCGGAAAGCAGAUGGACCAACUCAGUCAGGAAAAGAGGCAUUUGGGCGAUCCGUCAUCAUGGGUAGAGCGAGCACCAGAAUACUUUCCAUUAGUUUCAUCUUCUUAUCAUCGUCUUCCUUGGGUUCGAGUUUGCCUUGAAUAUGGUGACGUGUACGAGUAUCAUUUUCUGAUGUAUAAAAAUUGUAGAAAGAUGCAAGCUAGUCUCCAGAAGGCAUAUUUAAAUGGUUUCAUUGAUGACGACGAAGUUAUUGGAUCUUUAGUCAACCAGAGUGACAGUAAUGAUCGAUUCCCAGUAGACAGUGCGAGUCGCAGUGGCUCUGAGGUGGCGAGACUGCGCUCGCAACUCAAGCGAGUUGAGCAGCAGUUAGCCGAGAUGCGAGAAAGAGAAGGAAACAAAGCUGCUCAAAUUCGUCAACUUGAGGAUGUCAUCAGUACGUUACGAAAGGAAAAGAACGAGAUGUCAAGGAACGUUGAGAUAGCAGUGUCGCGAUUUUCUACAAAAAUGGAUUCCAUGACUUCACUCAUUCGGCCUGAUCUCAUGGGUCCACCUUGUGUACCUCAACACUCAACAUCUCGUACCACCGAUGGCAAUGACAUUCCUAUGGUUGAGUCGUCGUUUAUAAUUGUUACUCUUAUAUUUGUUUUGCACCUUCUGGAACAACUCCGCUGCUCAAUCGCUGUUUUGCCAACAGCACUUUGGUUUAACUGGUUACGGUCGUCAGUACGCGUCUAUCGUGAAUUGUACCACUCUUAUAUUGUAUAG